AAACUUAAGAAUAUAUUUUGAAUUAAUUUAAUAAACUAAUUAAUACCAAAUAAAACGGACAAACCUAAAAGAAGGUCUGUGACGUAGUGUAUUUGUGUGUUUAAAGUACCCGGAUGUGCCGAACAAAAUGGCGGCGCCCUGUAGGACAUUGGUGAGGUCGGCUGUAGAAGGUCUUCAGUACUUUUCCAGCGGAAAUCUCUGUUUAAAGACGGCUCAUGCUCAAAGCUUGACCUGCUUCAGACCCCAGCAGUGUGUGUUACAGCACCGAGCUCUUCACUGUAGCAGCUCCCUUUCACUAAACACCGCCAAGACAGACACAGACCCUGCGAAUAAUACACAUGACCAGGAAAAGAAAGGAGAACAAGAAGAAGAGCAAGAUUCUGGACCAGAGUAUAUUCCUCAGAGAAAAGCGAAAAACCCGAUGAAAGUAAUUGGAUACGCAUGGAUAAUUGGUCUUCCAGCUGGUAUAAUCGGGUUUAUUCUGGCUAAAAGGCAAGUGGACAAGAACCGGCUCCAGCAGCUGAAGAUCCGUCAAAGGAUGAAGAAAUCCAAUGAGGGAGAGUACGAACGUGAUCGCUACAAACCAGCAGCGAGGAUGCAGUAACAGGAUUCAGCAACAUUGAUCAAUUUGAAAUGUUUAUGUUUCCAAUCAGGACUGUCUGAUGGAAACGUAGAGCUGAGCGAUGUGACAAAAGCACUAUACAAAAAAAAUAUAUUCUUAUUCUGUUCACACACACAAAAAAAUUCUUUGCAAUUAACAUGUUUGUGAUAAAUUUAAAUUUCUGGAUCCCAAACCUGUGUAUUUUAUUGAGUAUAACAUAUUCAAACUGGAGGCUCAGAUUUCAGCUUUGGAGCGUGAUGGGAUGAAACCAAGUGCAGUCCUGUGCUAGUCUUGACCUUCCUAACUCUUGGGGUGAAUUUGGUCAAAAUCAGAUUUUUCAUCCUGAAAUGGUAACAUUUAGCCAUUUUUCUGUUUUUUUUUUUGGGCCAAAAAUUCAACAUUCUCUGAUUUUCACCAAAUUAACACACUGUGUUUGGGAGGUCAGAUUAACACAGGAGUGCACUUCGUUUCCUCCCAUCACACUCCAGAGCUCAGCUCUGAGUGCUUUUGUAUGUUGGAACUGUCUUGUGGAAGCUAACUUAGUUAUAGCGGCUAUAAACAGUCGUUCUCUCACACACACUCUGUCUCGUGUGAAGAUAAUAAGACCAAAAAAAAAAAAAAAACGUAGCUUGUCAUGUUACCCAGAAACCACAAAGUGUAAAUUCCUCUAUCCUUAAAGCUACAGCUUUACCUCUAACACUGGAGACUCCUUCCAUAAAUGUUAAAUAAACAUCUUCUCAAAGAAAACUUCACCAUAUCAACAAUUACACACAGAUUUUAACCCGUUUUUGUGGCGCAUCCACCGUACAAGUCGCUAUAAAUGAGUUGUUACUAUAGCAACGCUAACAUAUUAGAACGAAUGCAUUAAUAUUAUCGGUAUUAUAGUGUCAUAUCGCCCAGCCUUACGUACACCGUUACUGAAACCGUACCUAAGAAAAUGUUGCUUGUUAAUGAAAGAUAACACAAUUGCACAAUUUGAGCUUAAAAAUAAUCAAAAUAUCAACAUGCACAUGUAAAAGAAAAAAAAAUUCUCCUCGUAUCUCUGAUUAAUCUACAGUUCAUGCGUAUAAUAUUAAUCUCACGUAUCAAAAAUCAGAUCUAUUCUUAUUUCUAUGUGAACUGUUCCAUAGUUGCUUAUUUUGCGUCUUGAAACGAAACAAUGCUGAUGAAACUGACUGCAUUUUGCUGGCAAGAAUGUAUGUGUAACCUUUAUUGAUGUUUAAUAUGUACAGUAUGAGGUGGACAAAUAUGAUUUUGUUAAAAAAAAAAACCCAACAACAUGGUAAACAAUAAAGUAGUUUGCUAUAAUCUCUGA